GAUAUCACAGGAGUGGAUGGAAGCAGGAGCAAGACAGACAGACAGAGGGAGGAGAGAGAGAGAGAAAGAGAGAGAGUAGCGAGUAGGGGAGAAAGCUCAAGAAGAUGCAACUACUCUGCCACAGCAUCCUGACAGAGCACUGAGCUGAGGGAUGAGAGAGGUGUAGACACAUGUUUUUUGUCUUGCAGAUUCUUGGUCCCCUUUUAGAUGGAAAACGCAGUGGACUUAAAGGAUAACUUCCUCCACGUUGCUGCUGGAAUGAGCUCUCGGGCUGAAAGGUGCAGACGAGCAACAGCUGGGCUGACAGAUCUGAAGCUCUUUGGAUGUCAGCGUCACCUGGACAUGAUCCCUCUUUGUUGACUGAGCAGCUGCUGGUGAUUGCUACUGUUAAUUUGUACUUAUCUGAGCUGCCCACACCCGAACCCCUGCAUUGUUGAAGUGAGCUAUUUUAGUCUUCCCAGGCUGCACUAUUGUCUUUGGGAGAGAGACGUCGCUUGGAGAAGGUUGGCUGCUUUUCCUGUAAAUGUGUGUCUCCGCGGCUGCCACUGGACUGUCUCCCGCGAAGUCUCCUGCACCUGCUGAGAGCCCCUGGAAGCCACCUGCUCUGAUUCUGGGAUGGUGUGACCUCGAGCCAGCUGUUGGCCGUCCCACUUCUGGGUCAAGAUGCCGGUGAUGAAGGGCCUCCUGGCCCCCCAGAACACCUUUCUGGACACCAUCGCGACACGCUUCGAUGGCACCCACAGUAAUUUCCUGCUGGGUAACGCUCAGGGCCACCGCGGCUACCCCAUCGUCUACUGCUCAGACGGCUUCUGUGAACUGACGGGCUUCACAAGGACCGAGGUGAUGCAAAAGAACUGCAGCUGUCGCUUCCUGUACGGGGCCGACACCAGCGAGCACGUGGCCCAGCAGAUGGAGAAGGCUCUGGAGGGCCGAGAGGAGUAUCAGGCCGAGGUCCACUUCUACAAGAAGAACGGUACGGCCUUCUGGUGUCUGCUGGACAUUGUGCCCAUCAAGAACGAGAGGGGUGAAAUGGUUCUCUUCCUCUUCUCAUUCAAGGACAUCACCGACACCUACGGGAAAGGCCACUACAACAGCAAAAAGGAGGUUUCAGAUGACAAGAGGUGCAGGAGGAAGAGCAGCUCUCACUUCAGCCAGGCCAGGAAGCGUGGACGCACCAUGUUGUACCAGCUCACCAGCCAAUUCUCCAGGGGAGGCAAAGGAGAUGUCAACCUGGGCAGCAACAAUAUGGGCAAGUCUUCAAUACCAGAGUACAAGGUGGCAGCAGUGCCGAAGUCGCGCUUCAUUCUGCUCCACUACAGUGUGUUCAAAGCCCUGUGGGACUGGCUCAUUCUGCUGGCCACCUUCUAUGUGGCUGUCACCGUGCCCUACAACGUUAGCUUCACACCCUACGAUGACACUGUCACAGCUGCACGCUCCACCAUCGUAAGCGAUAUUGCAGUGGAAAUGCUCUUUAUUAUAGACAUUAUCCUGAACUUUCGUACCACGUUUGUGAGCCAGUCAGGCCAGGUGGUGUAUGAGCCACGCUCCAUCUGCAUUCACUACGCCACCACCUGGUUCUUUGUGGACCUGGUGGCCGCCCUGCCCUUUGACCUGCUGUAUGCCUUCAACAUCACAGUUACGUCCUUGGUCCACCUGCUUAAGACAGUACGCCUGCUGCGGCUCCUUCGUUUGCUUCAGAAGCUGGACCGCUACUCCCAGUACAGCGCCAUGGUACUGACCUUACUAAUGUCGGUGUUUGCCCUGCUGGCACACUGGAUGGCCUGCAUCUGGUACAUGAUUGGACGCAGGGAGAUAGAGACCAGUGAGACAUGGGAUAUUGGGUGGCUCCAUGAGCUGGGCAAACGUCUGGAGACACCGUAUAUCAACAGCACGGUGGGCGGCCCGACAGUGCGCAGCUCCUACAUCGCUGCCCUCUACUUUACCCUCAGCAGCCUGACCAGUGUGGGCUUUGGCAAUGUCUGUGCCAACACUGAUGCUGAGAAGAUCUUCUCCAUCUGCACCAUGCUCGUCGGCGCACUAAUGCACGCCCUCGUCUUUGGUAACGUGACGGCCAUCAUCCAGCGAAUGUACUCACGCCGUUCUCUCUACCACACACGUAUGAAAGACCUGAAGGACUUCAUCCGUGUCCACCGUCUGCCCCAGCAGCUCAAACAACGAAUGCUGGAGUACUUCCAGACCACGUGGUCUGUCAACAAUGGUAUAGAUGCCAACGAGCUCCUGCAUGACUUCCCUGACGAGCUGCGGGCCGACAUCGCCAUGCAUCUGAAUAAGGACAUCCUCCAGCUGCCUGUCUUUAAGGGGGCCAGUCGUGGAUGUCUGCGCUCUCUCUCCCUCCAUAUAAAAACCUCCUUCUGCGUCCCUGGGGAGUAUCUGAUCCGCCAGGGCGAUGCGCUGCAUGCCAACUACUUUGUGUGCUCUGGGUCUUUAGAGGUGCUGAAAGACAACAUGGUGCUGGCCAUAUUAGGGAAAGGGGACCUGAUCGGGUCUGACCUGCCGGGAACAGACCAGGUCAUCAAGACCAACGCUGAUGUGAAGGCCUUGACCUACUGUGACCUGCAGUAUAUCAGUGUUCGAGGCCUGAGAGAGGUGCUGGAACUUUACCCUGAAUACGCCAGCGUGUUCGCCUCUGACAUCCACAACAACCUCACAUAUAACCUGCGUGAGGGCAGCCAGGACGAGGGACUCAACAGGUUUUCAAGGUCACCCAGGCUCUCCCAUGAAUCCAGGCUCCCCUCUAUCGUAGAAACCAAGGGUGAUGACCCAGAUGACUCCUUCCACCUCUCUCCGGCUACCCGCUCCCGUCGCAAUCUCCUGCUGCCCAGCUUCAGCAGCCCUGUUCGCCGUACGUCCCUGGGGAACCUCCUGGGGGAUGAAUUGCGGCAGUUCAACGCCCUGCGACGCUGCCGCUCCCCAAAUCUCAGCCGAGGCUUCCACGGGCAAAGCUCAUCCCCUCAGCCACCUACCAAACGAGAGCACAGCACCCCUACAUCAGCCCCGACCCUGGCCCCAGCCUCAACUUCAGCCCAGGGAGAGUCAGGAGCUGAGCAAAAGCCUUCAAAGCUGCUUAUCCCAACUGUCACCUGCUUUGGACCCCCAGAUCUGAGUCCAAGGGUUGUAGACGGCAUUGAAGACAAUGGGCACACGUUCCAUUUCAACGUGGAGCACAGCGGGCCUAAAGCCAGUACAGGAGGCAGCACCCAAGGCUCCACGCAGGCAAAUGCCACUCUGUUGGUGGAGACAGAGGAGGUCAGACAGGGCAUCAGUCAACUCAACCAUAAGAUGGGCACAUUGAACCAGGAAGUAUCUGAGCUCACCAGGGGCCUACACCAUAUGAUGCAUCUCCUCCAGGCUCACAUAUCCAUGCAUCACUGCCAGCCCUCAUACCCAUACGGUGUCCAAAUGGGGACCAGCCCUCCCACAGGCCCCAACACUGGUAUGCCAUUCAACCUAACAUCAACCUACCACCUCCAUAACGAUCCUGGGAGCCAUGAAGGCCACAGCCACCAAAAUGUCCCUUCCACUGACCACUGGAGCUACAGUAGAGCUGCUGAAACUCAAACAGAGAGCCACCACCGACCUAAAUCCUCUAGUCCACCUUCUAACUCCUGUCCACCUCUUUCUCUAAACUCUGCACCCAGGUUAGGCUCGUGUCAUAGCUCUGAGAGCAUGAAAACACAUCUGUGGACGAGCCCAUCUCUUCUCAGCAUCAGCCCAGGCUUCCAUGGUGGAAGUCCAGGCCUUACAACUCAUGCUUGGCAUGAGGACUCUGACAACAGACCUCUCAGUGCUAGCCCAACUACCAUCAGCAAGUCCCAGCCCACGUUGUGCCUGCAGCCUCCCAGUGAUAGUGAUGAAUACUCUUGCCUUUUGUCCAGUGCCCCUACAGGUAUGUCCACACACAGCCUCCUGGACCCAUCACCGAGCUCUUACCCACAUUUUUGCCUGCCCUCAGAAUCCCAUCUGAACCUAUCACAGACCUCACAUGAGGACAUUUGUGUCCCAUCAUCUCAUAAUCUGAUCCAAGACACCUCCAUCUUCCAAAUUGAGGACUCACAACCCUCUGUCCAACAUGUCUCUGCCUCUCUGCACACAUUGCCCAGCCACCCUCUUGGAUCCCCCCUGGAUUCAGGGUCAGAACGAUCGGAUGCUCUUGAGCCCCACCUACCACUGGGCGACCCGUCUGCCAUAGAACACACCAGUCUGGAAUGCCUACUGGGGAAGGGGGGUUCUAUGGAGAGCAGAGACAGUGAAAGCGCAUCAUCACGAAGGUCCAGCAUCGGCGUCCAGACGCAGAGCACAGAGCAGUCUUGGUGUCUAGACCUCACAGAUUAAACUACAUGUUUCAGGGGCAGGGUCACUGACUUCACUGCAACUGGAAACAAAAUCAGCAGUUAUUGAAAUGCAACUUCUUACAGUGUUUAAAGAGACUCUGCUGGAGAUUGUCAAUGUGUGCUGUAUUUCCCCCCUUUUAAUUCCUGGGCUCUCAUAUUUGUCAAACUCCACGCAAUUUACACCAUUUCUAUGCAAACGCAUGUCAUUUGUGCAUUAUCUUGGCUUUACUGAAGUGUGUCUUUAAAAAAAAGUUCCACAGCAGUGGGUUCUAGUAUAUACUGUAUAUUUUUUCCAAUAUCCUCAGAACAAUUUGCAGUUGAUUAUACCAGUUACCUUCUUGCAUGGUAAAGUUGUUUAUUCUUUUUCCUAAGGAAAAGGUUUCCAAUUCAAUGUGUAAGCAUUCUACAUGAAAACCUGUUGAUUGUGCACACAGAUACUGUAUUUAUAUGGCAGACAGGUCAGAGUGGUUGGAUGUUUUAUACAGAGGAACAAAAAUGACACAUGCUUCAUCUUGCAUAUAGAGAAUAGAGUAUGUGCAUCACACAGCAUAGAUUGUUUAUUGUUUUAAAUUAAAUUCUUUUCUCAGUUCAGCAUUUUUUAUUUGCGAAAAUUCAUAGUUUCUGGACUAUGAAUAUCUGAUAUUCAGACUCCACAAAGCAGCACACAGUACAUUUAUAUGAUUUCAGUUCAUCUCCAUUUAAUGCUCUCCUAAAGAUCCUUCAGGAGAUUCGAAUAAAUUUCUUAUUUUUUCCUCACCAAGGCAUUAAAUAUAAUUCUGUGAAAUAGGUUCAAUUGCUCUUCAAGAAAACAAAUUUGAAAAGUGGCAAAGUUCUUUCUCAAAGACGACAUAGCUGCUAAUAAAUUAAACAUAAAUAAAUAUGCACAUUUAGUUGAAAAGUGUGUCCCAUGAAAUAUAUAAUACUGUUAUUAAUUUACAAAAUAUUGAUGCCUCCUGGGAUAAAAACAUGAAUUCAUUAUACUCAUAAAAUAUUCAGAGUAUUCAGGAAUUUUAUUCUGAUUGAUUGAUUGAUUGAUUGAUUGAUUGAUUGAUUGAUUGAUUCUGAUAUUCUGAAUGAUUCUCCUCAGCGACAAAAUAAAGUAUGCAGAAAAUGUC